AUGGCAACUCUAAACCGUGUUGAUUCCUAUAUACACUAUCUAUCUAUCUAUCUAUCUAUCUAUCUAUCUAUCUAUCUAUGUGAGCCUGUUCAUUAUCUAUCUAUCCGGUUGUUUUAUAACAUCUAUCUAUCUAUCUAUCUAUCUAUCUAUCUAUCUAUCUAUCUAUCUAUCUAUCUAUCUAUCUAUCAGAGACAAUCAUUGUCAGCCUUCAUACGUAGCUAUCUUUGUCACAAUUUUCAAUGUCUAUUUCUCUAUUUGUCUAUCUAUCUAUCUAUCUAUCUAUCUAUCUAUCUAUCUAUCUAUCUAUCUAUCUAUCUUCAUAUUUAUCCUCUUAAUCUAUCUAUCUAUCUAUCUAUCUAUCUAUCUAUCUAUCUAUCUAUCUAUCUAUCUAUCAGAGACAAUCAUUGUCAGCCUUCAUACGUAGCUAUCUUUGUCACAAUUUUCAAUGUCUAUUUCUCUAUUUGUCUGUCUGUCUGUCUGUCUGUCUGUCUAUCUAUCUAUCUAUCUAUCUUCAUAUUUAUCCUCUUAAUCUAUCUAUCUAUCUAUCUAUCUAUCUAUCUAUCUAUCUAUCUAUCUAUCUAUCUAUCAGAGACAAUCAUUGUCAGCCUUCAUACGUAG